UCUCUGCAGACCGGAGACUUUGAGAGGGCGCUGUAACUGUCAAUCAUUUUUUUAAUUUGGCCAAUCAGUGGCUUACAAUCCACUGUCAGUCAAAAACUAAUUUCCCCAAUACACGGCCUGAACCAAUUGUCAAUCAGUUUUUAAUUGGAUAAUCAUCUUUCUCAUAGGGAGAAGGGCCCAGUUGUGACCUGACAUUUUUUCACAACAGCUAACGUAAUUUAGCUGGUCCGUCUGCCUGCGGAGAGAGAGCUUCUGCGCACAAGCUCCUUGGAUCGAAGUGUGGGUCGCCAGGUUGCGGUGACCGAUGGGUUGAAAUUGAACAGAGUCUGAAGGUGAGAAGUGAAGAAAAGAACUUCACAGAAAUAUGCCUUCACUCUGCCCUGUGGGACUGUCUUUAAAAUGGAGGAGCCUGACCACCUCUCAAUCAACGUUGGAACUUCAGCAGACAAACUAGCAGCGAGGAGGGACAUCAUUGUGACCUGUUUUAGUAACCAGUUUCUGUUUUUUUGAUUCACAGAUUUGCUCAUCGCAUAUCCCGAAUUUCCAAUUCAAGCACAUUUCCUGUCAUGGGUAACUCAGCAUCGACCGGCUUCAUUACUCCUACUCCCAGGAAACUGUCCUGGGGGCGCCAGAAAGAGGACACGGUCAAGCUGGAGGACUUCUUGACACAACACGAAGAGGAUCUCUGGAGAGUUAAAGGAAAACAGAGUUUUUCUAUGAAAAAGGUCCACUUCUCUCGUAACGUCCGUUACGUUGACCUAGCUGUCAAAGAGAGUGACCGUUUUUAUCCAAACAGGGGCGAAAUGUUGAACCCUGCUUUUGUCGGAGAUCAGGGUCCAUGAAUGACUCUGGACGCUGGACAAUUAAAUCUACACAACAACUCAACAAGAAGAUCCUCUCAGUUGUGGUGUUUGAAGGGGUAACUGCAAACAGCCCCUGAGAUGCUACAGCAACAUGAGAGAGGUCUUUCGUAGAAGGUCUCUGCUAAGACAAUUUUAUCUCUCACCACAAGACUGUAGGUGUGAACAUGCAACAUUUGAACAGGAAGGGAGUUCUAGUUGAAAUGGAAGCAAAAGUGAAACUGUUUUCCCCUGUUUCUCCCUUUUUUGCAUUUGCAUGAUCUAGUUAAACCAACAAAAAGCCUUUUAUACUUUAAAUUGGAGAAAUAAUGUUCAGAUAUUAACAGAACGAGCAGAAAUCACAUGAAACAACUCAUCACGUGACUUCAGUAGUUAUAGGGAUCAACUGAGCAAAGGAAAUCCUGUCUUCACAACUCUGCAUCUGUGAUACACACAGUGUAAGCUCUGACCCUGAGAGGACGAGAUGGAUUAUUUAAAAUGGCCUCUGGUUUUUGUGUGCCUUUCCUUCAAAGUUGUUCAAACUGAAGCCUCAUCUUGGACAGUUAAGGCGCCAUCCUCAGUUAAAGGUCUCCCAGGAUCCUGUGUGGUGAUCCCCUGCUCAUAUAACUACCCAGAUCCAGGAAAGAUGGUCACUGAAUUCACUGGGAUGUGGCUUGAGGAGACAAAUCAGUUUAUCUAUCACCCAGAUGAGUCUAAAAUGAUGCAGAAGUAUCGGAAUCGGGCAAAGCUGCUGGGAGAUGUCCGACAGAAGAACUGUUCACUGAAGAUUGAUCCCCUUCAAUCAAGUGACCAUGGGCCUUUUUUUUUCAGGAUUGAAAUCGCAGGCUAUGAAAAGUUUUCUUACAAAGAGAACAAAGUCUCCAUCAUAAUGAUUAGUGAACUAAAUCCUAUUAGUUUCUCUGUGAAAGAGGAGGUAGUGGAGGGUCAAAAUGUGUCUACGUCCUGCUCUGUGUCUCAUUCCUGCCCCACCUCUCCUCCUGUCUUCAACUGGAGUCACUCUGGAGAGAAACAUGUCCAUCCACAGCAGCUUGAAGAUGGCCAGUGGAACACAACAUCUACUCUGACCUUUCGGGCUACCAGAGCUGAUCACAACAAGGCUUUACAAUGCACCAUGAUACUUCAGGAAAACCAGAAACAGAUCACAUCCAAGGUCCUCAAAGUAAAAUACGCCCCAGACAAUGUGAAGGUCGAGUACAAGUCAGAUGCAAAGGAAGGAGAAGCUGUGAGGCUGGAAUGCUCCAGUGAUGCUCACCCACCCGCCAGCAUCUAUGCGUGGUAUAAUAAAACUGGUGCUCAGCUGCAUCAGGGAAAGGUCUACAUGCUGCAAAAUGUCUCCAGACACACAGGAGCCCUGUUCUGUACUGCCAACAAUACAUUAGGACGAGGCAAAUCAAGUUCUGUGCAGAUCAAUGUGUUAUAUGCCCCUGAGAUUAAGACCGAGUCAUCCUGCUCUUCAGAGGCAGAUAUAUUAAAGUGUGUGUGCAUUGCAGAGUCCAUACCUCCCAGCAUUGUCCAUUUUAUGUUUUCUGACGGAGUCCUACCAAGCACCAAGGUAGAGAACAAUGGCUCUGUUACUAUCGGGACUCUGCAGGCCGAGUUGGGAUCUUCUGAGUUUGUCCUCUGUCUGGCAAACAACAUGCAGGGCAAUGCCACACUCAAACUCUCUUUACCUGUUAACAGUGAGAUGCAGAAUCUUAUUAUUGCCAUUGCCACUGGAGCAGGCGCAAUUUUGGUGAUACUUUUAAUAGCAGUGGGAGUUACAUACAUAAAAUGUAGGGGGAGAUCCGGAGAUGCACCAACAUCUCACAUGAGCACCAUUAAGGCAGAAAAAGAUGUGGAGCUCCCUAAGUACACUGCAACAAAAAGAAAAGAGAGAAACUAUGAUAAUGCAUAUUGCUCUGAGGUUUAUGAUACUGAUCAUGUAUAUGACAACAUGGAGCUUGACUUGGAUGAUGCAAUAUAUGCCAAUGUGUAACAUGAAGAAGAACAGCAUGGAUUUCAGAAGAACAGCUGCAGUCCUUCGUGUUGUUUAACUGAUGUGGGUCCAGAAAGUUGUUAAAAAAAUACUGAUUUGCUAUUUUCUGUAUAUAUUACAUAAGUAUUAUUUUUCUGUCUCCUGUAAUUCACAUAUAUUUUUUGAAAAAAGUCUAAAAAUAACUUUACAAUUAAUUUGUGUUUGCAGUUAUUGUUUCUCCAGAACUUUUCCUUACUGCGUGUCUGAUCAACAGUAUUAUGUGUUGUUAAAAUUCACCAUUACAGUAUUGCAGUAUUUUACUUGAAAAUCUGGUUGAUAACUCUUCAUUUUUAUACAGUAUAAUUCAUCCAGUAACAACACAUGCAAGUUACACCAAAGUGUACCUUUUGAAUUUCCUGUUUUUCAGGCAUGAUUGCAUCAUCAGAGUGAUAGAUAAGAACAUAGCUUUGAAACCUAUUUCCUGCAGAAUAACAAAUAAAGUACAGCUGACCUUUUUGUGCAUUGCUUUAAAACCAA